AUGGCUGCGGCGCGCGCGCUCUCUCUGCUGGCGCUCUGCCACCUCGCCGGCGCUGCUGCUCACAUCGUCUUCGACUUGAGCGGUACGGUACCAGUGUGUGAUCAGUGUCUCCCUUACUUUCCUGUGUUGCUCAUGUUCGGUGUGGAGUGGAGGCCGGCACCGGCUUCCACUGGAGCUUCAAGGAUACGGUUGGCGCUGUGGCUGGGUAACCACAAUGUGUCGCGGGUUCCAUUCACACACGGGACAACUCCUUAUUUAUGUAGAUUACCGCACUGCCAUCAUUGUAUUCCGGUCGAUACGAAGCUCGUUCACAUUGACCUUACACUUCCGGCGCACACACCAACAAAGGAUGUGUUGGGCAAGUUCCACUUCAUUCAUCACGUACACGUACACGUACACGAUGAGCAGUACUAUGAGAUGCCGCAGCUGUUCGCGCUGGACGAGUGGCCGGGCUGCGUGGCGGCGCGCGGCGCCUACUGCGUCGGCAGCUUCGAGCUCGCGCCGGCGCAGCGCCCGCACACACUCUACGACCUCAUGCAGGGCUACUCAGCGAACACAGUGGAGAACUACAACCACACGCGGCUACACCGCGGUCUCUGCCUACCCCGCAACUGCGCGGCGCAUGCGCCCCCGCACCAGCACGACCUACAUGACGACCAGCUGCGGGACUGGUUUUCAUCGUGUGUGAACGCGAGCACGCUGUCCGGCUACAACCUGACGGCGCAGCUGCUACAGCUGGAGUACUGCAGCCGAGGGGAGGCUCCCACGCCUGACCUCAACACUGCGGAGCGAGCCUUCGUAGGCUUCCUCGCCGCGCUACUGGCGCUCGCCGUCAUCAGCACUGCGCUAGACCUGACGCUUAGCGAUCACGCCAGGAAAGGAGUGGAGUGGGCGCUGGUGUGGUCGGUGCCGGCGUGCUGGCGCGCGCUGUCGGCGCCGCCGCCGCGCGCCGCGCGCACUGACCUCGCCUGCUUCGACGGGCUGCGCGUGCUUACCAUGCUCGUCGUCAUCAUCGAGCACGUCUGCUGGAUCACCACGCAGGCCUACCUCGCCGACACCAAGAUAUACGAACAGAUGCGCGGCUCCAUCGACGUGAUUCUGAUGACGAACAGUACGCUGGUGGUGCAGAUCUUCUUUAUCAUGUCCUCGUUCCUGCUGGCACACAAGCUGCUGCAGCAGCGCAGGCGCGGGGAACACGUGCCGCCCUUCUCCACCUUCAUGGACACCAUGUUCAACAGGAUCAUCAGGGUGAGCCCAUCGUACUGGGUGGUGGUUUGGUUCGCGGCGUCGUGGUGGCAGCGCACGGGGCGCGGCCCGCUGUGGGCGCCCAUGGUGGCCAGCGAGGCCGCCGUGUGUCGACGCAAGUGGUGGACGCAUCUGCUCUAUCUGAACAACAUCCUGUACGCGGACGACAAGUGUCUGAUACAAACCUGGUACCUGGCAGCGGACAUGCAGCUGUACGCCGUGUGUCUGGCCUUGACCCUGAUGCUCUGGCGCUGGCGGCGUGCGGCAGUGGUGGUGCUGACCGCGCUUCUGGUCGGCUCAAUGGCCCUGCUUUUUGGCCUGGCCUACUCCUGGAACCUCGUGCCUACAUACGUCAUGCAUCGUCCUGAGUCGGUGUGGUUGGCGUACCGCGAUGAGCCAUCGUUCAACGUGUUGUACCAGUCCCCGCUGGGCAACGUGCCGGGCGCGCUGGCCGGCCUGCUCCUGGCGCACCUGCACCACAUGCUGCUCGACCUGGACGUGCAGCUGCCGCGCUACAAGAUAUUCGGGUGGAUAUCAGUGGCGGCGGUGCCAGUGGCCGCGUGGUGGGUGGCGGCGUCCCCGCUAGCGCUGGGCCGCGGGCCCCCCGACCGCCUGCCCGCCGCCGCGCUCGCUGCACUCGAGAGACCCAUCUUCUCUUUCUUUGUGGCCGUAGCACUGCUGGGUGCAAUGAACGGAAUCCCAUCUGCCGCGAAGCGUUGCCUGUCGUGGCCGGGGUGGGCGGCGUGGGCUCGGCUCUCCUUCGGCGCAUUACUGCUGCAUAUGCCCAUCAACAAGGCGCUGGUGGCGUCGCGGCUCAUACCCUCCAUGCUGGACCGGCAGGCUGCGAUAACGGAAUGGUUCGGUGUAGCGGCCGUGUCGUACAUGGCAGCGCUGCCCCUGGCGCUGCUGGUGGAGCUGCCGGCGCAGCGCCUGGUGCGUGCGCUGCGACCAGAGCGCUCGGGCCGCGCCCCCAGCGCACCCUCACCCCGCGCCCCCGCGGACAAGUCUGACUUGUGAGCUCGGAGCCCUACCCGCGGUGCUCGGCUUGCGCACCGCUCCGUAGUAUAUCCGCAGCGCGGGUACUGCAGUACCUGCCACUUUGUAAAUGACAAAUUUCACUUGGUUUAAUUGUUUAGGCUGGUCCUAGUCGGGUAUUUGUUACGGAAUUGAGUUGCACUCGGCUUUUAUUCUACCGAGUACCCGGACGUAAGUGUAUAUAGGUGCCUACAUAUCAUAUUAUUUAUCUUACACACAAGUAAUUCAACAAUCUGUGUAGUGUGCCUAGUUAAUAUUUAAACCUUAGAGUGGAUUAUUGUCACUGUAAAUGAGUGAACGAAUAAAGUAUCUGUAAUAUUUAGUGCAAACUAAAUAUUCACAUUGACAGUUAGUAGGACCAUAACGUCAACUUGUAUCAUCUAUGAUGACAAGCACUGAAGCACUGUAGCUUCAAGCCAGAGGCCCGUGGUAGCUUUAGGGUCUUCUAUUAUUUAUAAUACACAGCUAAUUAGAGUAAGCUAAUAUUCCAAGUAUUUAAUGAAAUGGGUGCAGAUGACCCACUUCCUAACUGCUGUAAAAAGCGAUUAACUAAAUUAUGGUAUGGCUUUAUCUAGAGGGACUUAUUUGUGAUAAUAGUGUAGAGUAAUGGCGUAGAGGGCGCCACCCCCGCUAUGCGCGUGGUAAUUAUAUUUAAAACGUAGCCUGUAGCCUUUACCUGUAUACUUUAUAGCUCUCAGGGCACAAAGACUGAAGGAUUGGCCACCCAAUCCAAUUCAUCUUGUGCUAAUGGUGUAAGUUCGGAUAAAUAAAUGUGUACAGUAUGUGAGCUUGGUUUUAUUAUUCCCUGCUUAUUUGGCGUGAAGGGCUGUCAGGGCUGUGCUUACCUUUACAGCACAAAGCUUAAAUGUAGUAAAUGUACUUAAAAUUAUUAAAUCUAAGUUACAUAAAAUAAUUUAAUAUACUAACAAAUUAUAGUUUUGUGUAAUUAAAAGGCCCAAACAAGUAUUUUUAAAGAAUUUAUUCCUUAAAUUACACACAGGUCUGAGCUCUCACACAUUUAUACAUGACUUGAUACUUGCUAUCAAGCUGAGGUCCCUUUACAUUGCAACCAUAGUAUUAUUUCCACAUUGUCCACAAAUGUGGGAGUGUAUAUCGCACUGAACUAGCCUGUCAAUCAACAACCUGAAUGACUGAAUUUCUGUUUCUGUGUGAUAUUGAUAACUAAUUUUGUAAAGGUGACUUGAUUUCCGUGCUGGUACAGUACUAAAAUAACCUAACCUACCAUUAGGUAGCAAGACUUCUUUCAUUAAUACCCACAUAAAAUUGAACUAACAUCUUAAAUAAGUAAUUCGGUCAUUAAAUCAAAUAGCUAGUAAUUUAGGCCAUUGAUUGAAUGAAUGAUUAAGCUAGUUGCCUGCAACAUACAUAUAGUAUUAGUUCAGUCACAGGCACCUGUGGGCCAGCGAAUGAACUAAUGAAUUGGCAGUCAGCCUCAGUAACCUACUGAUAAGACAUAUACAAAUAGAAUUAAAGUCAAAGUCAAAAAACAUCUAUUCCCACUAAACCAUAUACAGGUGUUGUGGAAUGUUGAGCAUAACUCCAUAUUAAUACAUGCUGCAUGCUGCACAAUGUAUCUUAAUCUAUUCCCAGAAGGAACACUUAAUUGCACAAUUCACAAAUUGCUGUUCUAGGGCCAAGUGUGAUGAGUUAGAGAAUUCAUUGACAAUGGAUACAAUUUUAUUGUAAUGAGGCUUAUAUUUGAAGAAUGGUAAUUUACUGAGACUGACUAUAAACAUCUCAACACAUAA